AUGUCAUCCGAGUCUCACAACGAGAACUCAAUACUCAAUGAAUUGAAAAACUUUUUGCAAUUUGUUUGCGAAGAGAAGAGCUGUUCCGUCGAAUCGGUUCUCAACUCCAGUCUUACACUUCUCAGUGACUGUCCGUCCGCUCGGGAAGCGGUUCUUCAGCUCUACUCUCAACUCUUUGACGAAUAUUGUGCCGAAUAUUGUGUCCAGAAUUCGGUGAAUGAGUUGCCGUCGAUCGGCGACCGAUCGGUCGGCGGUCAAAGAGUCGGACCGAUUAUCUCGCGAUUCAUUUCGGCCCAAAAGAACUCAAUUAACGGUAACUUAAAUGCCAACGAUUUGGUGGCCAUUCGGAAGGUGUCCACCGAUUCGAGGAGACAGUCGAUGGAUUGCAGCGACGAGUCUAAAGCCACGUCCAGUUUGGACUGUCCUCAGAGUCCAACGGCGGCCACAUCUGUGCCGAUGGAAUCGCUGAACGACUCGAAGGCGAACACCGAUCACAACCACGAGUUGAAUGAAGUGAUGAAUUCAUUGGACUUCCAGUUCAUAAGAAUCAGCGAAUAUUUAAUUACUUUAAUUGAAAGCGAAUCCAAUCCAACGUUUGCUAAGAGUAUAACCGAUUGGGCGCUGGAAUUGGCGGCCAAACUGAGCGCCAAAUACGGCAGAUUCGGUCAGAAUGUGUCCACUGGUGUGCAGAAGAGUUCCGGCCAAACGGAUCCCAAUUUGUCGUUGAGUUCUUCGUUGGCCUUUUGGAUGCAAUGCCCGGCAAUGCAAGCGCUCACAAACCUGACCAUCAGAUGCAAUACCAUUGAACUCGAAGGUCUGGUCAAACAAAUGCUUCAAUAUUCCCCGCAUUGCGAUUGGAUUCUCGCGCAUCUGAUCACAACCAUGUCCAACAACUCUCGCUUUAACACAUACAUCGAGCAACUGAUCCAAAGCGCCACCUCUUCUCCAUCUGUCACCUGUAUAUUGUCUUAUUUGUCUGAACACAAUCCCAGAGCUAUUGUCAACUCAUCCAAGUCUAACAUUCCGUUUCUUCUAAAGUUAAGCACAAACUCUAAACCACUUUUAGAUCUAUUGGUUUCGGAGGCGACCAAACAAUAUAACAUUAAAGCUUUGAACGAAUUGGUUGUGACCACAAAAGCCGAAGAUCUGAACGAUCACAUCAUUUAUUGCAUAACAAACGCUGCGAACGCUUUUGAUUUGUUACGAAUCGCUUUCGAUAUAUCGGUUCACUCGGAGGCCAACGAUGAGCUCAAAGAGCGGACAUUUGUUAUAUUGUCUGCCAUUAUAUCACACAUUCAUUCAUUUGUUUACGGCUCUAAUAUGACGCUAACAAACAGCCCUCCGAUUCUGGAUUUACUGAAGAACAACGUCUCCGGACUUGUUGUCCAUUCCGUGAAGACGACGAAUCCUUCUCUACGACGCCUUCAGUUAAGACUUUUGCAUUUACUAUGUCUUCAUUACAGCACAGAAUUUGUGACUGAAAUGUUUCACAGCAUUCUGUCCACACAUUUGCAUAAUAUAAACACCAAUUCAUUCAAAAAUCCGGUUCCAAACCUACUGUUGUCUCCUUUAAUGAAAUCAUUAAAACUUCAAUUCGGACCUCAAAUACACAAGUGUUUGAGCGAUACUUUGCGUCUACCGUUUGAGAAGAGUGUCAGCUAUUGGUCUCACUUAUUGGCUGCCGUUGAGGGCGAGUCCGUGUGUCUCGACAUCGAUCUCUUGUGUUCAUACUUUUCUGAUAAUAAUCUCGAAUCGAAAGCAAAAAUAUUCACAAAAUACUAUAUUUUGCGGCUAUUAUUGCAUACAAUGGAAAAGUUUCCCAAACGUGUUGUCAGACCUCAACACAGACUCUGUCUGUCACUCGUUUCGACUUAUUUUAAAAUAAUUGAAUUACAAAACAAUUGUUUAGACAAUGAACUGGACAUCUAUAUGGAAACACUGGUCACGUGCCAGAAGUCGAUGACUAUUUUAGCAAAAAGUUAUGCCAUUAAUCAACAGAUUCUGUCCCGAAGUCUGUUAGAAUUUAGUCUCGAAAAGAGUCGACUAUUUUGCAAAACUAAGACCAAAAACAAAUCAAAUAUCUCUUCAUAUGAAACAAUAAAUCUGAUGAAAGAGAACGCUUCCUAUGAUUUGGGAAAUUCUAAGUUUAGAAAAAUACCAUUAAUUGCAAACAAACCAGAGAUCGAUAGCAAUCACUGCAACGCAGAGGACGAGACAUUGAUAGUGAAUCAACAGUUGGUUUUAGACGCCUUUCGGUGUUGUGUUAAAAAGAAAGAUAUGACAUCAUUUGCUAAAUUAUUGGUUCAAUGCGUUUCACCCGAUCUGUUAUCCAAUGACAAUAUGUGGGGCGACGAAGACCCCAGAGAUGGACAAUUGCAAAGCCUUCGGAUUACAAUUGAGAGAGAUUUGUAUAUAUGGCGCGCAUUCAACGCUAAUCCCAUUCUUUGGGAUCUAUGCGAACUCAUUGGUAAAGAAGACUGUUUAAGCAAUUGUCUGGUCUUAAUCCGGGCCCUAAUGACUGUUCAACGCACUCAUUGGGCGUCCACUUCGUUGAGUAAAGAAAACAUUUUUGAAACUCAGAGACUAUUAACUCUACUGUCGAGCACUGGUGUACUGCCAUCGGAACCGUUCAAACACGUGGCAACUGUGUUAUCCCAGUUGCAGGCCUGGGAGGUGUCGUGUAUUCUCAACGAUAUUUGUAAAUAUCUUAAAGACUCCACUUCUGGUCAAAUGGAAAGCCAAUCACUGAAACCUUAUGUGGAAAGGCUUCGCAUAAUAAUGGCUCACAAUCUUCCCGGACCUCUGUUUGUCAAUAUAUUCAAAGGGCUUAAAUAACCACUCAUUUGACCACUAAAUUCUGUUACCAUCAUUUCCAAUCAAUUAACUUUCAUAAAUUAUUUCUAUAUUAUAAAUAAAAUCAUUUUAUAACCAAAAUAAACUCGUUAAUAAUUCUUUGAUCUCUCUCUCUCUCUCUCUCUCUCUCUCUCUCUCUCUCUCUCUCUCUCUCUCCGCAGAAGUAAAGUAAAA